AUGGGGUCCAAGAAAGAUUCAAAAUCCAAAAUCAAGGUUCCUGUUCAGCCGGUCCCUGAGAAACGCGGUUACGAGUUUGCUGGCCCAAUCGGCGCGUUUGGAAUUGUAUUCGGUCUUCCAGUCCUCAUCUACAGCUUCACCUUCCUGUGUAACGAUGUCUCCGGCUGUCCUGCCCCGUCGCUGCUCCACCCCUCCACCCUGACUCUCGAUCAAUUGAAGAAAGAAGUGAACUGGCCAGAGGAGGGGCUCAGUGCGUUCUUUGACGCCCAAGUGACGCUGUGGGUGCUGAGCUACUAUCUCCUCAGCCUGCUUCUCUAUGUCUUCUUGCCUGGUCAGGAGAUGGACGGCACGGUGCUGGCCUGUGGCGGAAGACUCCGAUACAAGUUCAAUGCUUUCAACUCCGCCGUCACGAUUCUUUCCGGAUGCGCCCUCGGUACUUACGUGUAUGGAGCCGACUUUGUCGUUUGGACAUUCCUCUGGGACAAUUACUUGCAGGUAAUCACUGCGAAUCUGGCGAUCAGCAGCGCUCUUGCUCUUUUCGUUUAUGCGAAAAGCUUCACGGUGCCGGCGCCCGGUCAGCUCAACCCCGAACUCAGGCAAUUGGCCCCGGGCGGCCACACAGGCAACGUGCUGUAUGAUUUCUUUAUCGGUCGUGAGCUGAACCCGCGAGUUCGACUGCCGCUCCCAUUUGUCAGCGAAGCGUCGCGUACCAUCGAUAUCAAGUCCUGGUUUGAAAUGCGGCCCGGAUUGCUAGGAUGGAUCAUCAUGAACUUGUCCAACAUUGCUCGUCAGUACCGGACCUAUGGCUACGUCACCGACUCGAUCGUGAUCUCCACGUUCUUCCAGGCAUUCUACGUCCUAGAUGGCCUGUACAUGGAACCGGCGCUCCUGACCACUAUGGACAUCAUCAUGGAUGGGUUUGGCUACAUGCUCUCAUUUGGUGAUAUUGUCUGGGUUCCCUUCAUCUACAACUUCCAGACCCGAUACCUGGCGAUGUUCCCCUUCCAAUUGGGCGCCAAGGGAAUCUUGCUUGUGCUGAGCGUGACCGCCGCAGGCUACAUUAUCUUCCGCGGUGCCAACAACCAGAAGAAUCGCUUCCGCACCGACCCGACCGACCCUCGCGUGAGCCACAUCAAGUAUAUCAAGACUGCCAGCGGAUCUAAACUGAUGACUUCGGGAUGGUGGGGCUAUGCGCGCCAUAUCAACUACCUGGGUGACUGGGCCAUGUCGUGGUCGUACUCGCUGCCUACCGGGAUCGCGGGCUUUACCGUCAUCGAGAGCAUCGAUGCCGCUACUGGAGACGUUCAUAAACAGGCGGUGCAGACCCCUGAGACCCGUGGUUGGGGAAUGAUUUUCACCUACUUCUUCUUGAUCUAUUUCGGAGUGCUGCUCAUUCACCGGGAGAGACGCGAUGAGGAGAAGUGCAAGAGGAAGUAUGGUGCUGAUUGGGACCGGUAUACGUCUCUGGUUCGAAGUCGCAUUAUCCCCGGCAUUUACUAA